GCGGAGGACACAGAGGAACAGAGAAAAAGGGGGAGAGAAAGAAAGAAAAGAGCCUGUGCGUGUUUACGCAGGCGGAGUUUCCUUCUUGUGCACCGUUGGAAUUCACUGUAUCUGUAUUUUUUUCCUCGGGAUUGCUGGAGGAGAGAGAAGGAGUGAGAAAGCGCCGCCAGCGAGCAGAUGUUAUAGCUGGACUAUCCGUGUUUCCAGCCUGACAAUCGAGCGUAUCAUCUACGAAAAUGUGGCAGCCCGCGUCGGAACGAUUGCAGCAUUUACAGACAAUGCUUAAGACCAAACUCAACGUGCUGACGCUGCGGAAGGACCCGCUGCCUACGGUGAUCUUUCAUGAACCCGAAGCCAUCGAGCUGUGUUCCACCACACCUCACAACAAGAACCGCGCACACACGGGAUAUAAGGUGACCUACCUUGGCAAGGUGACGAUUUCCGGCACUCAUUUCCUGUCGGGCUGCACAGAGUCGGCUGUGAUGGGAUUAUGCGACACGAAGCGGACGUCUGUCACUCACGACGACUCCAUCACCUCCAGCAGCGCCGUCCUGGAAAUCCGUCCCUUCCAGGUACGACUGCAUCACCAGGACGGGCGAGGAGAGGCCACGGUUGCCAUGGACACCUUCCAGGUGGCCCGCAUCGCGUACUGCACGGCGGAUCACGACACUAGCCCCAACGUGUUCGCGUGGAUCUACCGGCAAAUCAACGACGAUCUGACGUUCCAGAUGGACUGCCACGCCGUGGAGUGCGAGAACAAACUAGAGGCUAAAAAACUGGCCCACUCCAUGAUGGAAGCCUUUAAGAAAACCUUCCACAGCAUGCGCAGCGAUGGACGCAUCCACAAGAGCGGCUCGUCCGACGAGUUCCCCGAGGAGCUGAGCACACCCGACGAUGGCUGAGAGGAGGCCGAGGGGUCGGGGGGGAAGGGGA